GGGGCGGGGUGCUGGCAGGGGCGGUGGCGGCCACCGCCCCUCGGCGGGACCUGCUGGGGAGCGGUGUAGGCGAACAGCGCGGAGCCAGCUCUUGUCCUGCUGUGCCGGAGGCUGUUGCCAUGACCCUCACCAAAGGCUCCUUCACCUACUCCAACGGGGAGGAGUACCGCGGCGAGUGGAAAGAAGGUCGCAGGCACGGCAUCGGGCAGCUGACAUUUGCUGAUGGCACUGCUUACGUGGGGCACUUUGAGAACGGGCUCUUCCACGGCUGCGGCGUGCUCACCUUCUCUGACGGCUCCAGGUAUGAGGGGGAGUUUGUGCAGGGCAAGUUCAAUGGCGUUGGAGUCUUCACCCGCUGUGACAACAUGACCUUUGAGGGCGAGUUCAAAGGCGGGCGCGUGUAUGGCUUUGGUCUCCUGACCUUCCCUGAUGGCUCGCACGGCAUGCCCCGCAAUGAGGGCUUCUUUGAGAACAACAAGCUGCUGCGGCGGGAGAAGUGCACGGCCAUCAUCCAGAGGGCCCAGGGCGCCUCCAAGUCUGCCCACAGCCUGACAGCAUGAUGGUGCCUGCAUCCCUUCCCACCAGAGCUUGGAUCCCCUACUUGGGCACUGGCUGGCCCUGCUGGCCCUCGAGAAGGGAUGUGGCACUGCUGGGUGCCUCCCUGCCCUUUGUCCCCUCCAAGCAUCCUCCCGCCAAACCCCUGCCGCUGGAGGGGAUGGGACCCUCUGCUCUCCACCCAAGUGCCCUGGGGCAGCCGUGGUGCCUUCUCUUUCUGGCUGUAGCCUUGGCACCUGCUGGAGCAGCAGAAGGACAGGGUGAUGGAGGUGUAGCCUUUCUUCCCCCCAGGAAGACUGUGGACCACUACAGCUGCUAGCCCGCUGCAGAGGAUGGAGCAGGGGGGUAGAGGCUGGUCCCUGUCCCCACUGCCAGGAUGCCUUGGCUGGAAGCUGCUGACUGAACCAUGUGCCCCCAGAGGGGCAGCUCCUGGCUCACUUUGUUGCCCUGGUCCUGGUGGCAGGGUGAGCACCCCAGGCAUGCUGUAGCCUGGGCCCUCAGCUCUGGGUGACUGGCCAUCCCUCUGCAUGACCAGGGUACAGUGACAUUGAUUCUUACGGUCCCCAAAGAAUCCAGCCUGCUCUCAGGGCCAGCCAUUGGGCUGCCUUCCCCUUAUCCCUGUGCCAAUCCACCCAUCCACCUACUGCCUUGGGGACACCAGGAGCAGCAUCCCCACCAAGAGCGACUUGGGAAUGCCCAGCCUGGCGCAUGUCUGCUGCACACUGGUGAGGCUGGUAGCAAUGGUGAGCAAGGAGAAGGGUCAGCUGGAGCCUGGAGUGAGGGACUGCAUGGAGUGCCAGGGCUGGAGCAGGAGGCCUGGGCAGAGCAGGGUUAGACGUAUGGUGAAGGGGCAGGCAGGGGGCACACAGUUCCCCAUUUUGCCCCCCACAAGCAUCCUUCACCUCCCACUGCAUGCUCACCUUCACCCCCGGUGCCGUCUGGCUGGCUGUGGCACAGGGGUCCCUGCAGCCCUCACUGCCCAGUGCAGGGCUGCAGGGGCUGUGCCUCCCUGCCAGUCUCUGCCCACACCGGGCCCCGUGCCUUGCUGUGACCCUGCCUUGUGCUGUUGCCUGCACGGGCCUCAGCUGAGUAAACCAUGUUGCCAAA